AUGUCUGCAAAUAACGUUACCUCAAAGACUUUCACUCUCAACACUGGUGCUAAGAUUCCAGCUAUUGGUCUCGGCACAUGGCAAUCACCACCAGGUGAAGUUGAAAAGGCUGUAGAGAUUGCUCUUCGCAAAGGUUACAGACACAUUGAUACAGCUCUUGCAUACGGAAACGAAUCUGAAGUUGGUCAAGGUAUCAAGGCAUCUGGUGUCCCAAGAGAAGAGAUUUGGCUUACUACCAAACUCGACAACCCAUGGCACAAGAGAGUUCAGGAAGGUAUUGAUUCUUCCUUGAAGUCUCUUGGUACCGAUUAUGUCGACUUAUACCUUAUGCAUUGGCCAUCAUCUACCGACCCAGAUGACUUGAAGAAGCACUACCCAGAUUGGGACUUCAUCAAGACAUGGCACGAAAUGCAAAAGCUCCCUGCCACUGGCAAAGUAAAGAACAUUGGUGUAUCGAACUUUGGUAUUAGAAACUUGGAGAAGCUCCUCAGCGACCCAGGAACCACCAUUGUUCCAGCUGUUAACCAAAUCGAGCUCCACCCAAACAACCCUUCCCCCAAGCUCGUUGCAUACAACACAUCAAAGGGUAUCCACAGCACCGGUUACUCAUGUCUCGGUAGCACAAACUCGCCUCUGUACAAGGACCAGACCUUAUUGUCUCUCGCAGAAGCAAAAGGCAAGACUCCACAACAAGUACUUCUUGCCUGGGGUAUUCAAAAGGGAUGGUCUGUCAUUCCAAAAUCCGUCAACAAGGAACGUGUUGAGAAGAACUACGAGCUUGAUGGUUGGGAAUUGACCAGUGAGGAAGUUGAGAAAUUAGACAACCUGAAAGAUAGAUUCAAGGUUUGUGGAGAUGCUUGGUUACCUAUUAAGGUCUUCUUCGGCGAUGACGACAUAGCAUCCAACUACCCACCAUCCUCAUCUCUCGCAAAUCCAGAUCUUACCACUCCAUCUGCAUUCGUAGUCCUCAGCACACCUCAGUGCAUGGCAUUUCUCGAUAUUAUGCCCCUUUCCCCAGGACAUCUACUAGUCACAACUCGUAAUCACAACGAAAAAUUAUCGGACGUGAGUGAAGAAGAAGCGCGAGAGUUAGGCGAAUGGCUCCCGAGACUAUCUCGAGUGUUAGCUAAGGUCACCGGUGUGUGGGACUGGAAUAUUGUUCAAAACAACGGAGCGGCUGCAGCGCAAGUGGUACCGCAUGUACAUUUUCAUAUUAUCCCGAGACCCGGGCUAACUCCCGAGUUACGCAAUCGAUCUUUUACGAUGUUUGGGAGGGGGCAGAGGAGUGAGUUGGAUGAGGAUGAAGCUAAGGUUUUAGCGGCGCAGUUGAGGGAGGAAUUGGGGAGAGAGAUGGAGGGAAUUGGGAAGGGCAAACUAUAG